CCCGCUCUCUAGGUUUCGCAUUCAGUAAAGAGCGAGCGCAGGCGGAAUAAAAAUUUUCGCUCUCAGAAAACCCUAGAACGAGGGUUUCUCAAGACUUCGCCGCGAUCUGGAAAGAAAAACCUCUGGGGUCCUUUUAUAGAAGAGGAAGAAGUAGAAGCAGAAAAAGAUUCUUAAACCGAAGUUCUGCAUAAAAACCCUAAACUAUCCUUUGAAGUACAGCCAAUCACAACGAUGUCACGGUGCUUUCCUUUCCCGCCUCCGGGGCUCCUGAGGAACGGAGCGCGCUGUGAAGUCGUUGACGUGAGCGAAUCAAUUAAGAUCCAGAGGGAUUGGGGGAAGGCCAUAACAAGCCAUGAUAAAAAGAAAAGGAAGGAGAAGAAAGAAAGGAAAGAGGAUAAGAAAGGAAAUGGGGAAGCUUUGUAUACUGAGGGAACAUGUCACCACCUGGAGAAAAUACAGCAUUCAAACGGAAAAGAGGAUGAAAUUGAAAGGAGUAGUUUGACAGAAGAACAUGACCAGCCUGUGUGUACUCAGAGCAUUAGCUAUUCGUCUGACAGCACUUGGAGUAGCAACAAGCGAAAAAGGGAUGACUCGGCAUAUAAUGGAACCAAAAGUAGGAAUUUAAGACUACGUAUUCGGCUACCAUUGCAAAAGCAUAAGGAGGCAGAUGCAUCUGUUAAUGGAGAUCAGUUGUGUUCUACUUCUGGGAGGUCAGAUUCUCUUAUACAGCAGAAGGGAACUAUCCAAAUGCCUGUUGAAAAACAGUGUAGUGCCAUCAAUCCCAAUAACUGUAGGACAGAUUUGAAAGGGCAGGAGAAGUCCACUGGCCAUUUUGUCAAGACUGCUUCUGGGAUGUUGUCACACAGGAAGGGGAAGGGGGUGCACACAGCGGAAUCACUAUACAAGUUUUUGAUUGAGGAUUGGGUUCCACCAUCUCUUGAGUUUGAUCAAACAAAUUGUGAUGAUGAAGAUUGGCUUUUUAGGACGAAAAAGCAAGUACAUGCGUCAAAAAGCUUAAGAUCUCAACGAGAUGGACCAUGCCUUGAGAGUUCUGCCCUCUGGCCAAGUGCUUUAUACUUGCCCCAAGUUGAUGUCUACGCAUUACCCUAUACCGUACCAUUUUAGUGUCAACUACUAGGCAUUCUUAAGAAAAUUUUCCGAUUGUUCAUGGUGCCUAGAGUGUUUUUUCCCUCUUCUUUUCGUGUCUCCAAUGGACCGUUUACAGGCAGGUGGUAGAAAAGCAUUUGUAAUCUAGGAAUGAGAAUGCAAAAUCAUGUACAGCAAAAGAAAUUUACCGUUUAAUGAUAAUUUUUUAAGAAAAAUAUUAAUCAUUUGUUAUUA